AGUGCGACCAUGACCCAUUGCUUCCAAACCUUCACUUUUCCAAGAGAGAGAGAGAGAGGAGGCCUUUUCCUAAUAACCAGUAAACCUCCGCUCCCUUCCUUUAUUCUAGCCGUUGCUUGUUUUCCUCUCUCUAAAAUUAUCUCUCUCCAAAAUCUAUCUCUGCUCCGCCAUUCUCUCUCUCUUGCUCUGCUAAAAACCCAUUCAGAUCAGACCCAUUUCUCUGCAAAAAAAAAAAGAACCCAUCUUUCUCUGUGGAAAACCCAUUAGUUAUUAUCUAGCAUCUAUAAGGAGCCACAUUCACUCACCACUUUUUUCUCUCUCUCUCUCUCGCUCUGCUCAAAAGCUCACUAAUAUUACAAGCAUCUCUGCAAAAAUGAGCCAAGCCCAUAAAUUAGUACUUAGUAGUUACAGUCCCUAGAAAGUGUGUCAUUCUCUCUCUGAAAAAUGCUUUUUUUCCCCUAUAAAGAGCCUUACUCUCUUACUAAGAUCAACCCAUUUCUCUGCAAAAAACAGAUAAUACCCAUAUUAUUGUAAGUCCCUAUAAAGAGUGUCGUUCUCUAUCUGGAAAAAAGCUUUUUUUUUUUUCUCAAUUUUAUUCUAUGGAACCUCUCAUAUUUUCACCAUUCUAGAGAUUUAGUGUUCCAAGAGAGAAAGAAGCCAUUUUUACCUAUGAAAGAUCCAAAUUUCCAUGCAGAAAACCAGGCUUUUCUCUUUCUUCUUGUCUCAAAAACUUCUCUCACAUUUUCCCACUCCAUCACUAUCCUCCUGUAAAUGGUGUGAAAAACCCAUUAGUAUCAGACCUUUACUCCUUCAAAAAAAAUCCAGAUUCAUGGUGUAAAACCUCUUACAUUGCCCCCACUAUUUCCAAAAUUUCAUAACUUCCUCUAAUCUGAAAAUGGUGGGGAAAACCCAUACCGCUGAUCCCUCUCAAAGUGUUUUGAACCAGAAGCUCUCUGAAAAAACCUCAGUUUUGGGUCUCAAGCUAUGGGUGGUGAUAGGAGUGAGCAUUGGUGUUAUUGUAACCACCUUACUGAUACUCAUUGUGUGCUUUAUUUGCAAACGGACAUCUUCUAGGCAGAAGAGGAGACUGGUUAAGUGCUCCUCUGGUUUGAUCCCCAUGAUUUCAAAGGAGAUCACAGAGGUUAAGGCUGAUGGGUCUUCAGAGAAAGCUCAAAAUGUCGGGCCUAGCAAUGAGGAACCAGAGAAUCAUCAAAAGGGCUCUAAUGGAGGUUUGGAGAAGAAGGAGAAGAAAUUCAGGGAUUUCAUUGGGGAUUUGGAGAAAGGGGAGAAGAAAUCAUCAGAGGAAAGAGAAGAGAAAGGUAGGCCUUUGAGUGGAGAGAGCAAUGUGUCUUGUGGAACGCAGGGAUCUUCGGUUUCAGAUGUUUCGAACUUUGGAUGGGGAAGAUGGUACUCUCUGAUAGAACUUCAAGUGGCCACUAAUGGUUUUUCAAGUGAUAAUGUGAUAGGAGAAGGAGGUUAUGGAGUUGUUUAUAGAGGGGUCUUUCCUGAUAACACUGUCAUUGCAGUUAAAAAUCUCCUCAACAACAAAGGCCAGGCUGAGAGGGAGUUCAGAGUAGAGGUUGAGGCCAUUGGCAAAGUGAGGCAUAAGAACCUGGUGGGGCUUAUGGGAUACUGUGCAGAAGGUGCCCAAAGGAUGCUGGUUUAUGAGUAUGUGGAUAAUGGGAACUUGGAGCAAUGGUUACAUGGUGAUGUUGGGCCAACCAGCCCCCUUACAUGGGAUAUACGAAUGAAGAUAGCCAUUGGAACAGCGAAAGGAUUGGCUUACCUGCAUGAAGGUUUAGAGCCUAAAGUCGUGCAUAGGGAUGUAAAGUCCAGCAACAUACUUUUAGAUAAGAGGUGGAAUUCAAAAGUCUCAGAUUUUGGACUUGCCAAGCUUUUGGGACCUGAUUCAGCCUUUGUUACUACUCGUGUUAUGGGAACCUUUGGGUAUGUGGCUCCUGAGUAUGCAAGCACUGGAAUGCUUAACGAGAGCAGCGAUGUUUACGGUUUCGGGGUUCUUCUCAUGGAAAUAAUAUCGGGAAGAAGUCCCGUUGAUUAUGGAAGACCAGCUGGAGAGGUGAACCUGGUAGACUGGUUUAAAGCGAUGAUAGGGAGUCGCAGAGGUGAACAAGUGGUUGAUCCAUUGAUUGAAGAAAAACCACAACCGAGAGCAUUGAAAAGGGUUUUGCUUGUCUGUCUCCGAUGUGUGGAUUUGGAUGCUCAGAAGCGGCCAAUGAUGGGACAAGUUAUACACAUGCUUGAAGCAGAUGAGUUCCCCUUUCGCGCGGAACACCGAUUAGCACGAGAAGCAGCCCAACUCCCUCCUCGUGAUAGUCCUAUAGCAGCAGCCAAUAGGCUUGGCCUCUCACCCCAUGGAGAUAGCAGUGCUGCUAAUCUUGAGAGGACAAGGUGGAGAUGAGCAGCCAUUGUUAAUCAUUCAAGCCCCAAUUAUGGUAUGUAAGAUGGUCCAUAUUUUUUAUGUGUAUAUUACCAUUGAUUAGAGAAAAAAACUAGAAGGGAGAAAAAAAAUUAUGUUAAAUAGGGAGUGCUUUUUCAUCCUCCUUUUCUAGGCACACCAUCAUUGCGACUCUCAGGGGAUGAUUCCUAAUGUUACAGAUGUAAAAGUGUUCUUUAAGCAGUUUGCAGAGACCCUACCACCUAAGAGAUGUAGCUAUACAGUCUUGAAUUCUUAAUGAUAGUUUGGAAGAAUGAAAUGGCAGCAUUUGUUCAA